GUUUUCGUCAAGAAAAUCCUGGGAACCGGCCCCGCUGUGCAGAAGAACGUCUUGUUGGGGGACGUGGUCUCCAAGGUGAACAAGCAGAAAAUGGACUGGCGAACGGAGCUGUCCGAAGAUGAUUACGAACACAUAGAGCGGUCUUUGAGGCCAGACAAGGACGGCUCUCUCACAAUCGUCUUCCAGGAUGCUCCAAAGCGGUCCUUCAUGCAGACGCUUGCUCAGGUAUGCUGCAGAUGUGUCGGUGUAAGAAAGAAGGUGAAGCCCGGUCGCCAAAGCUCGGCCGAGUUUGCCACGACAAAGACACCGGCCAUGAGGCCGACAGUGCGGAACUUUUGGCGAUCUCACGGUGCGAUUGCAGAGGUCGAAAAGGAAUCGCUUGCGGAUGGGAUGCAGGAGGAAAAGGAUGAGGAAGAAAGUGUCAACAGCGAGGGAGAGGACGGCGAAGGUCUAGAAGACCGACAACUGUUUGAGGACGUUCCGCAGGAAAGAUCCAGACUAGCAAAAACUCGAGUGAAGAAGAGGCUUGAUGGCUUCCUUUUUUCACGAUGGCCUGAAGGAAAAGCUCCGAAGGAGACAUCCGCUUUGGCCACGGCUACUCAGCAAUUGGAAGGCCGCGACGAGUCUCUGCAGCUUCAGGAAGAAGACAUAUUGCAGGAGGGUUGGGACAUUGACGAGAUGGCAGACAUCGUAAAAACGAUCCGGAUAACCGGGCAGGAGGUCUGGCUGGACUGUUUGCUGGUGGCUUUGGAGGAGGAGGUACUGGAGGAAUCCCCAAUUGUUGAAGUGCUACGCACGAACGAUUUGCAGGAUGUAUCCAAGGACAAGCUGAAAGGACCUGCGAGGGAGCGGCUGCUCAAAUUUUAUCGCCGGCUGGAUCAGGUGCUGAAGAUCUUGGAGAACAAGUCAUACCGCAAGUACUAUCAGAAUCUGCUGGCGGAGAGCGUUCAACGCCAGCAGCACUUCCAGCAGCAGAACGAGGUUCUUCAUGAUUAUGUCUGUGAGUUGGAGAAGGAGUUUGCUGACAUUAGUGAUGCGAUCUACAACUACCGCUCCAAGAAGGAGCUGAUGCUCACAAAGCUGGCUGGUCUACUGGACAGAGGGGAGUACUCACACCUGGCGUCCAGAAGAGGCAGAAGUUCAAGCAAACAGUGA